UUUUUUUGUUCCCAGGAGAUCCCUUGGGAAAAUGUUUCCACAGUCGGGGAAAUCCAUUGUCUUUGACAACUUUCCUGAUCCUUCAGACACCUGGGAGAUUAUUGAAACCAUCGGGAAAGGGACCUAUGGAAAAGUUUAUAAAGUCCUCAACAAGAAGAAUGGAAGCAAGGCAGCUGUCAAAAUAUUGGAUCCCAUCCAUGACAUCGAUGAGGAGAUUGAAGCCGAGUACAACAUCCUCAAGGCUCUUUCUGAUCACGCCAACGUAGUGAAGUUCUUUGGGAUGUUCUACAAGAAGGAUGUCAAAAAUGGAGACCAGCUCUGGCUUGCUCUGGAGGUAAGCAAACAUUGUUAUGUUUUUUGUUUUUUAUUAUUUAGACUUCUUGCUGGUCUCCUGUUUUCAACCGGUCCUGUUACUUCUGUCAUCUCUGUUACUCUUACAUCUGUCUGGUCGUCAGUCACUGACUAUUAUGAUCACACUGGGGGAGGUUACUGAUGCCAUGAUGCCUGAUAGGAUUAAAUGAGGGUAUUGGGUUAACGUAUCAGUCCGUGUUGAUCAGUUGAUUCAGGAAUGAGGCUG